AACAAGAUUACCUCAAGUUGUAGGAAGUCUAGUGGGCGCUUUCUACAGCACAGCUAGACAAGAUUGGUCGUUCAAGGCUGGAUCCGUAUACACGCUUCCAGCCUCAAGCCGUGCGGUCUCCGCCAAUAAUUACGCGGAAGAAGUAAUAUACGACUCCUUUCUGCCACCCUACCCGUUCCCGGGCCAGUUAGGACGCCAAUCGAUGAACCCUGUAAUGCAAAUGUGGAAGGGAUGUGAAAGGGAUCUCUUUUUUGGAGUAUCAUACAGCACGUACACAGGGGCCGCGUGGCACUAUAAGAAUAUGGAACUUUACGAUACCAUGUACUGGAUCUUGGACACAAGAACGAAUGAGUACGAGACAAGAGCAAUGGCGCAGUGCACGAAACGUCCCAUGAUGAUAAGCCCUGGUUCCACCGCCACGAAGCUGUCCAAUGACGUGGUCGUCUUGUUCGGAGUAGGUCAUGACAAUACAGGCCACAUGCCCAAAAGCAUCACUUUGUGCAUCAACAUUCUGAAUUUCACUUGUGUCCAGUUUGAAAAUACUGGUACAGAGCAGCCAUCACAUCGCUUUGGACACGUCGCUAUGCAAAUCGACGACAUGAACUUGUUGAUUUAUGGAGGCACGGAAAAGAACACAAUACGGUUUUUAUCCGAUAUCUGGGUGCUGCUGUUUGAGGAUCUUGGGAGAUGCAGAGGUGCGUGGAAGAGGCUGGAAUCCCCCCGGAGCCUUCUUGGGCCAGAACUGCCGUCCCUUGAGAUGGGUCUAGCGACGCGGGUCAACAAUCUUCAUUUCGUGAUUUCCACCCACGGAUCAAAAUGCUACGAUCACUUAUUGGCAUUAGAUACAUCUGAUUACAAGAAUACCGGCAUAGUCAAGAUCCAUCAAAUUCCCGUAACGGGGGCUACGCCAUGUCCACUAAUAACAGAAGGCGCGGACCUUGUUAAGUACAACGAGAACAGUCUGUUGAUAUUUGGUGGAAUCGGAAAGUGGAUAUCGCAAGCACAACUUAUUCUUCUGAAUUUCUCUAACCUACAAGCGCCAGCCAAAGUGAUGCCCUUCGUCUUUCAGGGAGAGCAAACUAUAUUAAACGGGCACCACAUAGUGAGAGGAGAACACCUCUAUGUAUUUUCGGGUAAGGCUGAAGGCAGCAGUCGAGGGGACUAUCUAACAAUUCAGGAGGGACUUUGUCCUCUUGGGUACUAUCUGAACGACAACAUGAACUGUCAACCCUGUCCCAAAAGCUUCUUCGCUCCAGCUCUCCGUGGUGGAUGUAGACCCUGUCCAGAGUUCACAACAACUUUGGCGGAGGGCUCGGCUGCAUGCAUCACGUUAUCGCCGUGUCACGGUCAGGCUUGCAAUGGUCACGGGAUGUGUGUUGUGAAAGAAUUGAUUGCCAUGUGCCAGUGCGAUUUUGGGUACGUGUCUCACGACAACUGUGGGUUUCCGCUUGUUAUUGCGGCCAUUGUGACAGCUAUUCUUCUUCUCCUAUUAGUCAUUGGCUUCGCCGUCCGAAAAUAUUACAAGAGAAGCCAGCAGCUCAAAGUCAAGGAGAUCGAACUGCGAGAUAAACACAAGAGCAUGCGACUGUAUCAGAAGAAGCUGGAUCAGAUCAACAAGGGAGCCAGAAUACAGUGGUCAUCGCUGCACUGCACCAAGAAACUGGCCAGAGGCGCAUUCUCGCAAGUGUGGCUAGCAGAGUUCAGCGACAUGUUAGUAGCUGUGAAAGUCCUUCCUAAGUUCACUGGUAGAAACAUCACCCAGACUGAUCAGUUCGUCCAAGAAGCUGAAGUCCUGCGUUCAAUUCGUCAUCCAAAUAUUGUCAUCUUUCUAGGAGCCGGCAAUGAUCACUCGAGUAAACGACCGUUUCUCGUCAUGGAGUACUUGCGACGGGGCUCGCUCUAUCACGUGCUCCACGACAGAGACAAUGUCUUCACACAUCAUGAUCGCUUGAGGUUCGCCCUGGACACGGCCCGCGGCAUGGCAUACCUGCACGGCUCCAACCCGCCGCGUCUGCACAGAGACCUGAAGUCGCCCAACCUGCUAGUCAGCGAUAAGUGGGUGGUGAAAAUCGGAGACCUGGGUACGUCACGGUUCAUGGCCAUCCUAGAUGAGGAGAACUCAGCGGGAGGAAUAGCCACGACCGACCCGCAAUCCUCUCAGACGGAAAUCGCGGCCAUCCAACCCAAUAUAUCCAAUACUGCUGACAUCAGCAGACCGACUGCUGGAGCACCCAUCAGAAGACGUGAUUCCCAGUGCACAUUAACAUUAUCAGAAAGUCUGGAGACCAGCCUGUCAACACCUCUGCUCACGGAUGUCUCUACAAGGCAUGGUGAGACGUACCUGCAUUACUCAGCAUCCGUGAUGACUCGUGGAGUCGGCACACUGCGCUGGAAAUCACCGGAGACGGUUCGUGGCGAACACUACAACGAGAAGGCUGACGUCUACAGCUAUGGUGUUGUCGUGUGGGAGAUCUUUACCAGAGAAACUCCCUAUGGACAUUUGAAGCGAAGUAGUGACGUGGAGAAGGCCAUCGAGAAGGGCCAUCAGCUGCCUCUUGUUCCUGGAAUGCCGUACGACUACCGGCAUCUGGCCGAGGCCUGCUUGAGACCAGAGGCAGCGGCCCGUCCGUGCUUCAAGGAAAUAGUUCACGAUCUGGAGGUCCAACAAGAGAAUGCUUGAUGCGCGUGUUCUGUUCGCGUGUGGCCUCUGUUGCAAUUGAUUAUUUCAAUAGUACAUACAUGUACAUACAUGUUCAUAUUUGAUUGAUAUUGGAGAACAGUAAAUGCCUGCUAUAUACAUGUACAUAUACGCUGGUGUGAAUUCCAGCAGAAAUCCAAGAGACCUCGAUACCGGGAAGGUAGAGCGGUGACACACUGGUCAGAACAACAGAUGGCUUGAUCAGUCCCAACGAAAAGUUUCAUGCCAUCUCAGGCACUCAUCAGGUGAUAUGAACAUCAAGAAAAAUAACCCACUAUCUUAGUACCGCGAUCCUUACUGGCUAUGACACUGUAUCGGAUAUGAGUUGACAGCGCCGCUAGCGCUUUCUGUUAUCCUUGUCCCGCCAUACUGGGCUUUAGAUAGUGGGUUAUUUUUCUUGAUCUUCAUGUCACCUGAUGAGUGCCUGAGAUGGCAUGAAACUUUAAGUUGUGACUGAUCAAGCCAUCUGUUGUUCUGACUAGCAUGUACAUGUACAUGUAUAAUGAUGCUUUUGCAGUUGCCAAAAUUUCCUUCUAUUUCGUGCAUGUUUAUUGUGUACUCUCAUGAGUAGAGGUUUUUUUUGGUAAUAAACAUACAAAUUAUCUUCGUAGUUCAAUUAAUGUGCCUGGAUUCCACGCGCCUGACAGGCAACAUGGCGUUCGGAGUUUGAGCCGCUGUCUGCUUGGUUAGGUACCACACUUUAGCAUACAUGUAAUUACCGAGCACGGCUAGCCUAUAACAAAUGUUGAGACUGGUUUCAGUUCUGAUGGAAGCAGGUAUUUUGUCUUCACAUGUUCCUCCCUUUUCAAACCCAUCCUGACUGAAUAAUUCCACAUCCGUUUUGUAUUCCUUCCAAAUUUAGUGCGCCGUCAGUUCAUUUAAUACUAGCACAUGGACAUUUUGAGAUGAAGCCUUCUUUUCAUUCUACAGGGAAUUUACAUGUAUACUUGAAGCAUGCUGGAAUCCCUUCGAAUAUACAUAUACAUCCAGCCAUACAUGUAUGGAUCUUCCGAUUCCGUUCUUUUCAUCUAUGUGACAAAGUCCACGCUAACUGCCAUGCGUUUACAAUGUAUUCUGUUUUCUCACUUUGGCUUAUGUCCACUGCUCUAUUCGACUCAUGUUCAUACUUUCCCUCUCAUUACCCGGUGCAUCCUGCUUCUGGUGACAC